GAGAGACCUUCUCGCCGGGCUCCUCGGCAUGGAUCGCGUCGCCCCUUUGCAGUGAGGUCCGCGGGCGUCGGCGAGGCUCCCUCGCUCUCGGCCAGCCAUGGCUUUGGGGAUGGUCGUCCGGCUGAAGCGCUUCGCGUGGCUCCUCCUGGCCCAUCACUUUAUGGUGGUCAGGGCAUGCCAUGAAGUCGCCUAUGGGCAGUACAUCCAGGAAUAUUGUCUCAGCAAGUUUCAAUCUGACAUGGAAACUCUCAGGAAGACUCUGUGGUGUGACUGGGAUAUGACUUUGGGCUGGUAUGGGGAGCUGACCAAUUGUACCUACCAGAUUGCUGGGAGAAUGCAUUGCUUCUGGCCAAACCAGCUAGUGGAUGAAUUCUUCAUAGCGAUUCACAAGCACUACUUCAAAAACUGCCCUGUCUCAGGAAGGGCUUUGAGAGACCCCCCUAACACCAUAUUGUGCCCGUUCAUAUUGGUACCCAUUUUUGUCACGCUGCUCAUGACAGCACUGGUUGUGUGGCGGAGCAAACGCAGUGAAGGCAUUGUCUGAAGUUCUUCACAACCCCAAAGUCUCCGACCCUGAUAGGAGACUGAAGCAGAACCCCAAGCCAGCUAUGCUGAGGAACAGCUUUGUUACUCCUCUUGUGAACACCCAAAAAAGAGCAUUUCUAGGCAAUGCUACCCAGAGAAAAACGUUGUAACUCCACAUUCUCUAGCUAACAAGAAUUUUGCUGAAGCCAAGAAAAAGCGUCAAGGACUGAACCACUUUUUUCAACAGCCAAAUUCUUUUCCUAUAUUCAUGAUUUGAUCAUGCUAAGGGCAUGCCUGCACCAACAUCUCCUUCAGACUCCCUUUGCCUUUGGGUUAUUUCUGGUUUUCUCUUCAUGCCCUUCAGCCACACAUACUUACAGCGGAUCCUCGGGUUACGUUACCUUUGGGUAACGUAACUUUCAGGUUGCAAAUGAGGCAAACCCGGAAGUGUAUAGUUGCGGGUUUCGCCACGAGUGCAUGUGCAGAAGCGCUCUAUCGCGCUGUGAGCAGAAGUGGUGCCUCAUGUUGCGGACUUUUCGGGGUACGUAAGGACCCCCUGAAUGAAUUAAGUUCGUAUCUGGAGGGUCCACGGUAUUUAGGACUGUGGGCUGUUCUUUGGGUUAGGUAACUUGCAGCUGGGAACCAUCUUGGAUAGGCACCCUCCAUCUUUGUGGAACCGAGAAGUGACCGGGGCUGUGCAAUAUUGGAAUAGAACAAAAGAAAGCAAAGUUCCAGCUCUAGGAGAACAGCAGAGCAGUGGCCAGAAUGAGAGCAGAUUUGUACAAACAAGGUGUAUAAUAUGAAGAGCAAGACCACAUUAAAGAAGCCUAAACUUUCAAAUUUUGUGGUGUGUACCAAUUAGGACGCUGUCAGGAUGCCUUGUAAAGCGCAGAAGGUAAUUGUAGUGCAUUCUGGAGUAAAUGACACACAAAACCAGCUGGUGCAGGCAUGCCCUCAAUUCAUUUUGACUGCUGACAGUGGAGGAGAUGAAGCUCUAGCAAACUAUUAUUUAUAUGUUUUGCCAAUAAUCAGCCACAUAAUGUAUUCUGUGAGGAACCAUUCUGUAGCAAUUAAAAUGUAUCCUAGGUCUUUGAAAA